AUGAAUCCAAUAAAUCCAAACACUUUAUUUGGUGGUAGAUGGUAUGAAAUAGUUGACAGUUUUCCAUUCUACACUAAUACGCAGUCAAUGAAGAUGGGAGGUUCAAAGAAAAUAGGUAUUGAAAACCUUCCUUCACAUAUGCAUAGGUUCAGUGGAAGAACAUCUGUGGAAGGAAACCAUUCACAUUCAAUAACAAAAAGAGGUUAUAUAAAUCUUGCAGCGGGUUCGGAUAGACAGGGAAUGAACAGAUAUGAUAUCUCAGAUGACCCCAAAGAUGUUAGCACAGGUAUUUUCUGUGGAACUGCAGGAAAUCAUACACAUGUUGUAGCUGGUAUUACAGACCCAGCAGGUAAUGGAAAAGAUUAUAUGCCUCCUUAUAUAACAAUGCACGCUUGGAUACGAGUUGGUUAA